UUUAACUUAUAAUAUGAAACAUAACGAUAAUGGAGAAUUAUUUAGUUGUUUUGCUAAUGUCUGUAUUUGUUUUGCUUGGUGCAUUUUAUGUACACACUGUGGAACAAAGAUUCCAAAUAAAACACGAGUUCCUCCAACACGGAAAUGAAAUAAAGAAAGUGAAAGAAGAAUUAGAAUCGACCACAAAAAGUCUUACGCAAGUGAAAGUAGAAUUGGAAUCGGCGAGAAAUGCACUUGAUGCGUCACGUGAUGAAAUAAAUGAGAUUAAAAAAGAAAACCCAGGCGAGACGUUUAUUAGAUGGGGGAAAACAUCAUGCCCAGAGGAGUCUAAUCUUGUUUAUGAUGGAUAUGCUGCUGGAAAGCACUUCAAUUUUGGUGGGUCUGGAUCAAAUUUUUUGUGUUUACCUAAGAAUCCUGAAUGGAAAGAUUAUACAGAGGGAGGUUACGUAUGGACAGGUAAACUAUAUGGUGUCGAAUAUGAAAUCGGUCAGAAUAAGCCAUAUCCAAACACUUUUCAUAAUAAAGAUACACCAUGUGCUUUAUGCCAGUCUAAGAGAUCAACAGUUUUAAUGAUACCAGGUAAAGUAACAUGUCAUUCCGGAUGGCACAAGGAAUUCUCUGGAUAUCUUAUGUCACAGUCAAGUACAAAUGGUCGUACGCCAUCAGAAUAUAUCUGUGUUGAUGAGAUGUUGGAAUCUGUGCCUGGUGGAGAUGCAGAUCGCAGUGAGGCUGUCUUGUAUCCAGUGGAAGCCGUUUGUGGAAGUCUAAAAUGUCCACCGUACUUUGAUGGCAGAGCGCUUACUUGUGUUGUCUGCUCCAUCUGAAACACAGUUAUAAUUUGAAAUAAAAUGUGUAAACAC